UGAAUGCACAGAAUUCUCUAUAAAUUGAAAUCCCCUCCCCUCCUCAGCUUGAGGCUUUGAUUCCUUCCAAAGCCAUGUGUCACCAAAGUGUGUGGUGGUGUCCUCAUACUUGUACAGAAUCAUCUAAUCUAGCUUCAGUUUUCCAUCUCUGAUUCCACCCCUACGUAAAUGAAAAAAAAUCAUUGUGUACAGUCAUGUUAGGCUGCACUCGAGGCUACAUUUUGCUCCCUGACCAUGUAUUCUAAACAUUUGCUUUAAGUUCCCCUUCAUGCAGAAAUCUAGUGCUUCAGGGAAAGGGCUAAAUGAGAACUGCCCUCUUAGUCCUAGCUUUCCAACAAUGGGCUUGUUUUCCAUCCUGUAAAUUGUGCAUCAGUGUCCUGAAAUGAGACCAUCUCAAAUUAUAUUGAACAAAUAAGUACACUCUAAUUAACUAUGUGGUUUUUUUCCCCUCUAACAGAGGCACCCCAGUAGAAUAUUCUGCACUGUGAUGGGCAAAGCUCUUGGCUUGAUCUUUUGCGCUACUUUCCUUUUGCUUGGAAAACCUAAAUGGGCAGAUGCAGCUGAGAACGAUGAUUCCAUCAGCAAGGACAGUGAUCCCCUUGGGGCAGGGGGGAAGGAUGUUCCGACGGUCUAUGUGACAACGAUUCUGGAAGAUCCCUACGUGAUGGUCAGGGGCACUGAGUUAGAAGGUUACUGCAUCGACCUGCUGGAAAAGCUGUCAGAAAUGCUGCAUUUCAAAUACAAAGUGGGGAUUGUGAAGGACGGGAAAUACGGCAGUCUCAGUUCCAACGGGAGCUGGUCCGGGAUGAUCGGAGAAGUUGUGAGGAAGGAAGCCGACCUCGCCGUGGCGCCGCUGACGAUUACAUCGGUGCGAGAGGAUGCGGUGGACUUCACCCAGCCGUUCCUGCACACGGGCAUCGGCAUCUUGCUGGAGAAGGAAGCCGCCCUGGAGGGGGCCUCGCUGUUCCACUUCCUGACCCCUUUCAGCAAGGAGACCUGGGCUGGGAUUCUUCUGGCUUACCUGCUCUCCAGCCUGUGCAUCUUUCUGGCUGGAAGAAUGAGCCCUUCUGAAUGGAAUGGAAACCAGGAGAAUUACUUCACCUUCCUGAACAGCCUGUGGUUUGGUGCUGGGGCGCUCACCCUGCAAGGCACCAUUCCUCGGCCUAAGUCCCUCUCCAUACGGGUCAUUUCUGCCAUCUGGUGGCUGUUUGGCAUUGUGGUCCUGGCGGCAUACAUCGCUGGCUUCAACUUUGUUUUGGAGUCGGCCUCCCACCAUCUUUCCAUUGAGAGCUUUGAAGAUCUGGUGAAGCAAAGGCACCUGGAGUUCGGGACCAUGGAAGGAUCUUCCACUCUCCAAUAUUUCAAGAAUUCCAAGGGUCCGAUCCAGCAGCUGGUCUACGAGUCCAUGAACAAGAAGGAGGCGGUUUUGACCAAGAGUUACCAAGAAGCGGUUCAGCGAGUCUUGGACUCCAAUUAUGCUUUCAUUGGAGAAUCCAUUUCGCAGGAUCUCGCCGUUGCCCGGCACUGCAACCUGGUCCGGUCCCCAGAAGUCCUGGGGGCCCGAGGUUUUGGCAUUGCAACCCCGAAAGGCUCCCGCUGGACCAGCAAACUCUCUGUGGCUAUCCUGAAACUUGGCGAGUCCGGAGACCUGGAUUAUCUCCGCAGCAAGUGGUGGGAAAGCAGCUGUGCUCACGAAGACCACGACAAGUGGAGUCCUCUGAAGCCCCAAGCUCUGGGUGGGAUUUUCCUCCUGCUGGCCCUGGGCCUUGCCUCAGGAAUGAUGGUUGCCGUGAUUGAGCUUUCCAAGCAAAGCCGCCGCACCGCCGAACAGGAGAAGAAAUCCUGCUGCUCUGUGUUCACCAAGGAGCUGAGUCAGCGGUUCCAGACAAGAGAAAACAAGAGGCAAGAAAAUGCAGAAAAAUCAAAGGCGUGAAGAAGCGGGGGAGAAGCCCAGGGCCAAACCCUCGUGAACUAUUUUUUUCGGCUCUUUCCUUUUAUUCUUUUUUUUUCCUCCUACGCAUUCUGUAAAAGCCCACUUAGCAGGGGGUUUGGUAAAAGUAGGGCACGGCCGGGCAAAAACUAGCAUAGCUUCUUUGUAUUAAUACAGACCCUAGAGCCCUUUCUCUCUAGGCCAGGUUGCAGAUGAUGGAAUUGUUAGCUAACCCCGGUUUCUGCAUCUUAACCUUUCUAGCAUUCGCAUCAGUAGCGUUCUAGCCUGACUGAUUUUGUCAGCGGGAGCCUCCCGGGGUGCUCAGCCAAGCCUCGCUGUCCUAUGUAGAGUGCCCUGGAAGGCAGAGAGGGUCCAUGGACGCUCGAAUGUAGAGGAAGGGGGUGUCCCCCAAGAGUCAGACUGAGCUUCACGAUCAGCAAGCACAAGUUUCUGGUCCUCAGCAGCCUUGGGGACGCGAUGGGCCUCAAAAACAAAUUGGGGGUGACUUUCCAGCUGGUUCCUUGAAAUUCCUCAACACAGGCAGAGUCAGAGAAAAUGUGAACUUGCUAAACAUGUUAGGAGAUGCACCGCCAGCUGCUACUUGGCCUAGAUUUUUUAAUUAUGAAUAUUAUUAUUAGCAGAAAUGAUACACCCCUGCUAAAAGUGGCCCUUUGUUAACAGCAGCAGACUGAAAGGGGUUGGAGAUUGUCCGAUGCUUUAUCAAGGAUGGCUUUUCGAGACUCUGGGGUGGGUCUUGCAAGUGGGGUUAGAAAGAUGACAUGACACACUUAAAAGUACACGUUUGAUUUCACAAGCAGGGUACCUGGGAAAAAGGGGCAGAAACACAAUCCCCCAGGGCAAA